UCAGGUGCCUGAUGAGGCAGCGAGGGGAGACGGUGCGAGAGGCCUGCCCUGCGCCCAGAAAUGGAUGUCCAGUGGGAGGAGAAGGUUGCCACCGAAAUCCUCCUGAGGGGCUCGGGUAGUAGGAGAAGAAGGAUGAAGGUCGGGAUCUGGUCGCGGAUAAGGAGGAUGAGAGAGGGUCGGUAUCUGGUCGGUCGGGAUGACGAUGCGGCGACAGAGAGGAAGGAGAAGGAGAGUCGCCGCCGUAUGAAUGAAGCAUGCGAGGCGGCAAUGUCCGUGUCAGAGAGUAUACUGCUGCUGCAGGGGUCCCAAUCGGCAGUCGCAGCACGUGGCCCCCUUUCCGGCCUCGUUGCUGAGGAACGCCACGUGGCGAGCGGUGUGUGCUUCGUCAAUGAAAGGUUAGGGUCAAGAUCCCGACGACGGAGGAGGUUGUUGGUGGGAGACGACGGCCGUGUCGGCGGAGGGUGCAAGAUCCCGGUGAAGGAGUCGCGUGUUGACGUCAACCAGAAUCAGAAUCAGAAUCAUUGGCAACAGGUCCGCAGGAAGAACAAUGUCAAUGGGUCAGCAUUGUUAAUAGGAUGGAAGAAGCUUCCUGAUGGCUUGACAGCACUCACCCGCCAUGCAUGCAUGGGCGAUGUCGAGACCAAUCAUCAUCAUCAUCAUCAUCAUCAUCAGGAUCAUCAGGUAGCAACAAGAGCUGUUGCUGGUCACUCAUCGAGUAUUCUUGAUACCGUAGGCUGCAGUGCCGAUCUGUGCUCGUCAGACAUGGGCGUCUGCGAUUCUGUUGUUGGGGUGUUAGGUGGCGGGCAGCUGGGGCGAAUGCUGCUGCAGGCUGCAUCGCCGUUGGCAAUCCGGGUUGCAGUCUUAGACCCUGCACCAGAUGCACCAGCCAGUGGGCUGGCGUACCGACACGUCGUGGGCAGCUUCAGAGACACAGAGGCAGUGCGACAAUUUGCAUCAGGGUGUAAUGUUUUGACGGUCGAGAUUGAACAUGUUGAUGUCGAUAGUCUGGAUGCAUUAGCUGCCGAAGGUGUUGAUGUGGAACCGAAACCAUCAACCAUCAGGACGAUACAGGACAAGUAUCUGCAGAAGGUUCACUUCUCGAAGCAUGGAGUUCCUCUUCCGGAAUUCUUACGUCUAACUGACAGAGCUUCUGCAGUGGAAGCGGGCCAGCAAUUUGGGUACCCGUUGAUGAUCAAAACAAGACGGCUUGCGUAUGAUGGGCGUGGGAAUGCAGUUGCUCGAACGGAGAAGGAUCUUGAUUCCGCAAUAUCAUCUCUUGGCGGAUAUGAGCGGGGUUUGUAUGCAGAAAAAUGGGCUCCAUUUGAGAAGGAGUUGGCAGUGAUGGUUGCAAGAGGCCGUGACGGAACUCUGAGAUCUUACCCAGUCGUGGAGACGACACACAAGGACAAUAUCUGCCACACAGUCCUGGCUCCAGCACCAGUGCCGGCUCAAGUUGCAGAAGCCGCUAUGUCGGUCGCGGAAAAAGCAAUUGGUUCACUUGAGGGAGCGGGCGUCUUCGGUGUUGAGCUUUUCCUUCUCCCCGGUGGUGAGGUUUUACUGAAUGAAGUUGCGCCACGACCACAUAACAGCGGGCACUACACAAUCGAAGGCUGCAUUACGUCUCAGUUUGAGCAACAUCUGCGCGCUGUCUUGGGGCUGCCACUUGGCGAUACCUCCAUGAGGUUGCCGUGUGCCAUGAUGUUGAACAUACUUGGAGAAGACGAGGGCGAGGCUGGAUUUCAUAUCGCACAUGAGCUUAUGGCCAGGGCGCUGGAGAUUCCAGGUGCAAGCAUCCACUGGUACGGGAAACAAGAGAUCCGGAAGCAGCGGAAGAUGGGACAUAUCACCGUUGUAGGGCCGAGCUUGGAAGUGGUCCGAAACCGGAUGGCGAAGAUUCGAGGAGAGAGCGACAGUGAACAUCCAAUCGACAGAUUCAACACUCUGGCCAGAGCCCGGACAGAUGAAAUGGUAUCGACAGAUGCAAAUUCUGGAGAUGUGGCUGCACCUGUUGGGAUUAUUAUGGGGUCGGAUUCCGAUUUGCCCGUGAUGAAAGCUGCAGCAGAAGUACUGGACGAGUUUGGAAUGGUGGCGGCAAUGACACCUCUGCCCGUGAUCGGUGUACCUGUACGAGGAUCUUCGCUAGAUGGACUUGAUUCUCUUCUUUCCAUUGUCCAGAUGCCAAGGGGUGUACCUGUGGCAACGGUCGCGAUUAAUAAUGCAGCGAACGCUGGCCUUCUUGCUCUUCGAAUAAUUGGCACAUCAGAUCCGGCCACACUUGAAAGGAUGGAGUCCUACCAGAAGAUGAUGGAAGACACUGUCAUGGAGAAAGCGGAGUGGCUUGAGACGGUGGGAUGGAAGGACUACUUGGGACUGUCAUCGCCCGGUGGUGGGAAAGUAUAAACACGUAUUAAAUGGUAUCAUUAUUGAUAUAAAAAAAAAGAGAAUCAUAAAUAGUAGAUACUAGAUACUGUUUUUUUUUCCUUUUUUUUUCAAGGAUUCGAAAUGAGAUUCUUCAAUUUGAUGGAUUUAGUAUGCGCUAAUGUGGUCACAAUU